AUGGAGCGACUGGCCAGUCAGCAUCGUAUGAAGCUGGCGUGCGUUUCUCGCAGGCCGUUUGCUGCACCACUGCCUGCAGGGUGCGCGGCUUUUGUGGCUGAUGUGAGUCGCGGCGACGACUGCGAUGCCCUCAUGAAGUCGGUUCAGUGUGAGCUGGGCGCGAUCUCGCUGCUCAUCAACUGCGCCGGCGUUACGCUCAGCAAGUUGCACCUAACCUGCACGGAUAAGGACUACGCGGCUGUGAUGGACACAAACCUGAGGGGCGCUCUGCAAGUGACGCGCGCAGCGCUGCGUCAUGGUGGGCUGCUCAAACUGCAAGACGGGGCCGUGCUGCACAUAGGCUCUCUGGCGGGUCUGGUGGGCAACGAGGGGCAGGUGCUGUACAGCGCCUCCAAGGCUGCCCUCAGCGGGGCGGUCAAGUCGUGGGCCCUUGAGUACGGCCCGCGCAACAUCCGCUUCAACGUAGUCGCACCGGGCCUCAUCGAUGGUGAAGGCAUGGCCACGUCACUGAACGAAGCCCAGAAGCAGCGCUGGCGCAACGACUGUCCGCUCAAGCGGCUUGCCACCGCUUCAGAGGUGGCCGACAUGGCUGUGGCCGUGGCGCUGUGCCCCUAUAUGAAUGGACAGACCAUCGCCGUCGAUGGUGGCACAUCGUGA